UUGUAGAGGACCAGUUCCAGUAAUGAGUCUGACCCUAUUGCAUCGGUGUUAAUGCUAUAUUUAUUGGGAACGUAUACACGAGAAUAGCAGUAAACACUUUAUACUUUCAGUUAAAGAAUAUGUAGGUGUGGUAUGCAUACCAUACAUUUUGAUAGAAAGUUUUGUACAAUGUAACUGUUAAAUAUAAGAAAGGUUAAACGGAAGAUGUGACAUUACAUAUAGAAAAAUAUUUUAUCAAAAGUGAUAUAUCGAACUCUGUAUUAUUUAUUUUCUGUUUUACAACAAAUCAGUCACAGUUGUGUACACACGAAUAGUCAAAUUAGUAAAGUGUAUAGGUUAUAUCUUCAUUUGACAAGAUGUUGGAAAAUAUAAACAGGACUGACUUAUAUUUUGGAAUAAUUCUGUCGACACCAAUUGUACUGUUAUUGCUUUGGAGACGGAAAAAUAGUUCUAACUCUGAAGUCGUACAUCCAAAAGACACAGUAAUUUUUCAUCAGCCAGGGAGAGGACCUUUUGCUCCUAGUUUAUCGCCCUUUGUUGUUAAACUAGAAACCUAUCUUCGGAUGGCAAAAAUUCCUUAUCAGAAUGUACAUGACAGUAUAAGAGGAUCAAAAGGAAAGAUUCCAUGGAUAGAAUACAAUGAUGUAACAAUACCUGACUCCCAGUUAAUUAUAGAGUAUCUCAAUAAACUGAAGGAUGUUGAUCUGAACAAACACUUGACAGAAGAACAACAAGCUGUGGCAGUAGCUUUCCAACGAAUGGUAGAUGAACAUACGUACUGGUUAAUGGUAGUUAAUAGAUGGAAAUAUGACAAUGAAAUGAGAGAAUUUAAAUUGAGUAACUGGUCAUGGUUAAAACUAACGAUUGCACGAUGGUUUGUUAACAGUCAGACACACCAACAAGGUCUGGGGAGACAUAACAAAGAAGAAGUCAUGGCAAUAUUAAAUAAAGAUUUUCACAGUUUAUCUACAUAUCUAGGCAAAAAGAAAUAUAUAUUUGGUGACAUACCAAGUGAAUUAGAUAGCAGCAUAUUUGGACAACUGUCACAAUUUCGAUGGCAUUUGCCUUUAUCGGAUAUCACAGAUUUAUUUCAGCGAUAUCAAAAUCUUGAUCGAUAUUGUCAACAAAUGAAGAAUGCUUUUUGGCCAGAUUGGGAAGAUUGCGUCAAAUAUCCAAAUGAUGAAAAUAACGGAAUUGUUAAAAACAAAACGAAUGGCACUACUUCAUAGAUCCUACUCAGCUGAUAGGGUGGACAAACAAACUAGUCUUUCAUUUUUUUUCUGUUUUAUUUUAUAUUUAUUUUGCAAUAAAAAAUGUUAAAAAGA